CGUGCAUUUGACAUCACAGGCAUCCUUCUCCACAUGGUGGUUGCACACAGACACAAAGGCUUGUUGUGCACAACUAAUUCAGCGCUUUAGAGUAGCGGUGUGUAAAUACGUGGAAGGGGGCAGCGGAUAGUGUUAUGUUCAGUAAGACAUUCUUAUACGGAUUGGUGCAAGAGAGAGAGAUUUACAUAAUUACGUGCAUGCUUUUUUCAUGAGAAAUGCUCCUUUAGAAGCGGGUUCCGUUAGGUUAGAGGCACAUCUUUAAGCGAGCGGACAGUAAAGAAUAAGUAGGUCAGUGAUAUUUGCACUUUAUUUGCAUGAAAAAUCGCAUUCAAGAUGGUGUCUUCCUACCCUUUACCGGAUGGCUUCUCGGAAAUUGAUGUAUUCUCUUUAGGAUCUUGUCUGCUCGUGGAGGGUCUUCUGGGAUUCUUCCUGAAUGCUGUGACAGUCGCUGCUUUCAUAAAAAUAAGAGAACUGAGAACCCCCAGCAAUUUCCUAGUCUUUAGCUUGGCAUUGGCUGAUAUGGGCAUCUCUGCAAACGCAACCAUUGCCGCUUUCUCCAGUUUUCUGAGGUACUGGCCCUAUGGCUCUGAUGGCUGCCAGACUCAUGGCUUCCAGGGUUUUGUGACAGCUCUCGCCAGCAUCCACUUUAUUGCUGCCAUCGCAUGGGACAGAUACCACCAGUACUGCACAAGGACAAAGCUACAGUGGAGCAGUGCCAUCACUCUGACUAUCUUCAUCUGGCUGUUCACCGCCUUCUGGUCCGCCAUGCCCCUCAUCGGCUGGGGAGAGUAUGACUAUGAACCCCUCAGAACCUGCUGUACUCUGGACUACAGCAAAGGAGACAGGAACUAUGUGUCCUACCUCAUCCCCAUGGCCAUUUUCAACAUGGCCGUACAGACCUUUGUUGUCAUUACCUCCUACAAGUCCAUCGGCCAGAAAUUCAAGAAGACCGGAAACCCCAGGUUCAACACUGCCACUCCCCUGAAGACAUUUUUGUUCUGCUGGGGACCCUAUGGAGUCCUGGCCUUUUACGCUGCUGUUGAGAAUGCCAACCUGGUCUCUCCCAAGAUAAGGAUGCUGGCUCCUAUUCUGGCAAAGACCUCUCCCACCUUCAACGUUUUCCUGUAUGCCCUGGGCAAUGAGAACUACAGAGGAGGCAUCUGGCAAUUCCUUACUGGGGAAAAGAUUGAAGUGCAUCAAAUUGACAACAAGUCCAAAUAAACUAAGCAUGCGACAAUCACAUACACAUUUUUUUUAUUUAUUUAACCAGGCAAGUCAGUUAAGAACAAAUUCUUAUUUACAAUGACGGCCUAGGAACAGUGGGUUAAACUGCCUUGUUCAGGGGUAGAACAACAGAUUUUUACCUUGUCAGCUCGGGGAGUUGAUCUAGCAACAUUUCGGUUACUGGCCCAAUGCUCUAACCACUAGGCUACCUGCCGCCCCAAACAACAUGUCCUUGUGGUUUUCUAACAGGUACGAACGUAGUCAUGGAUUCAUUCAUGUCAAUGGACCUGGACUUCACCUUAUUGUAUUUGUGUGUGUGUGUGUGUGUGUGUGCAUGUGUGUAAGUGACAUUUUAGUCAGGGGUUAACGUGAAGUGAUGUUGUGGUGUUUGUUGUGACAUUGGGAUGUAUUUUAUGUUCACAUUGUCAUGCCCUGAUCUGUUUCACCUGUCCUUGUGAUUGCCUCCACCCCCUCCAGGUGUCGCUUAUUUUCCCCAGUGUAUUUAUCCCUUUGUUUCCUGUCUCUCUGUGCCAGUUCGUCUUGUAUGUUUGUCAAGUCAAACAGCGUGUUUUUCCCGUUCUCCUUUUGCUAUUCUCUUUUUGAUAGUCCUCACGGUUUUGACCCCUGCCUGACUGGACUACUUUCCCACCUGCCUGAUCCUCCUGCCUGCCCUGACCUUGAUUCUGCCUGCCCUUCAGUACUUUUUGAACUCUGAACUGGUUUUGACCCUUUUGCCUGUCCACGACCAUUC